UAUUACAAAGGAGAUUAUAUUGGUUUUUACAAUAGGGGCUGGGAAAUCUAACAAUGGCUGUCUGCAUACUGGAGAAGCUGACACUCUAGUAGCUGGGCACCCCAUAAGCCUGGAUCCUUCAGCAGUCUUGAUCUUGUGGCAAAGGCCAGAGGACUCCUGGAAAGCUGCUGGUCUUCAGCCUGCUGGAAGCAGGCGAAGCUGGGUUCUGACGGCAGUGAAGGAUGGCAGGGGCAGCAAUAAUGCAGUGGGUGCACUCACCAGCAAGAGGUGUGGGCAGGCAAGCAAGCAGCACAGUUUCUUCCUCAGAUCUCUUUAUACGGGGGUCUAGAGGAGGCCCUUCCCCACUCAGUUAAUCCUUCCUGGAAAUGCCCUCACAGACGUCCUAGGGCCAUAUCUCUUGGUAGAUUCCAGAUCUAGUCAAGUUGACAACCACGGUUAAACCAUAUGCUCAAAGUUGGAGAAGCAUCUUGUUAAGUUUGUACCCUACAUCUACGUUUCCCCUCACAGUCUCAGUCGUAAAAAAUAAAUGAACAUGUACCCAUGAAACCAUGUUGUUUACGUGUUGUAAAUAUUUAUUACCUUUAUUUUCACUUUCUCCCAACUAGGUUAGAAGCCUGUUUCAGCCUUUGCCCCUGAAGUCCAAGUUCUUCAGCAAGAUGCACAAAGCUUUUCUCUCUCAGUUCAGCUUCUUUUACGUGUUUCUUUUGGUUGCUUUCUUCUCAGCAUUAUUCCAAGUUUAUGCACUUGGGAGGUUGGUGUUCAAUAGGGAUUUAAAGACAAUGGCAGCUCUAGAAUUGUCAAGGCCAUUAGCUGAGAGGCCUACAUACUUUUUGCUUGAUUUCAUUGUGCAGGACUUCACUUCAACUUUUUGCCUCGGUGAAUUCACUCUUGACAUUUUAGGGAUGCAGCAUAAUUAAAUUAGGUUUAGUUUGCUUUGUGGUAGAAAAGCCUCUGCUUUUGGAAUACAUGAAGGGGAGGCAGCCUUAGCAUCCUAUUUUUUUGCUUAUGAAAGGCAUAUAUGAUCUUUAUAUAACUCCUGUAUUGUAGCAUGAUUGGAAAGUGGUUGCUUUGGAUCCUUCUGAUAUUUCAGCAUUUUUUCAUACUGCAUAUAAAGUUUCCAUAUAGAGCUUAGAAUAAGCAGGAGCAACAAGGAAACAACAAUAAAAAGACACAGGUGAAGGAUUUCAAGUCCUGCACGGAAACCCCGAUUAGGUUACAACUAAUCAAAAUAGGUGAAAGGUCGUAUAAUCUCAUUCGUAUUUAGGAUUUGAAGCAGCAUUGGGAAAGCUGUAAGACUGGGGCUGUAAACAAGGAAUCAAACGUGUGCAGGGCAUACCAUCCAACGGUCCUAAAGGCCUUGGGCAUCUCUCUGGCUCCGGAGCCUUUGGGGUGACAACGCCUGCAGGAGAGUCCAGGUGGCCGGUGGCCAGCAGGCGAGCGCGGACAGGGGGAGGGUUUCCAGGCUGACACUCAGCUGCUCCUCCGCCCCCGGCCGGCCCAGUUCAAGCAGCUGGCCGCGCCCGGGGAAGGAGUUUCCGGCGGACCCACCGCGGUGCCGCUUCCUGUCCCGCUCGCCGCGACGCCUCCCGUUGCUCUGCCUGGACAGCCUUCAACCUGGGAGCCCCUCGCGGUCCCCAGCCUCACCACCGGCCCCAUGCAGUCCCGCCUCCUGUUCCUCCGGGUCCCUGGCGGCCACGGCGGCGCGGCAUCGCGGCGCGUGCGGCUGCUCUUGCAGCAGGUGGUGCGGGGCAGGCCGUGCGACCGGCAGCCGGAGGUCAGACUGAUGCACACCGGGUCGGCAGACUCAGGUGAUACAGUUAAUAUUGGAGAUGUAUCUUAUAAGCUGAAAACUCCCAAGAACCCAGAACUUGUCCCACAGAACUACAUUUCAGAGUCUCCAGCUCAAUCUGUAGUCCAGCAUCUACGAUGGAUAAUGCAGAAGGAUCUUUUGGGGCAAGAUGUCUUUCUAAUAGGACCUCCUGGGCCUCUUCGACGCUCUGUUGCUAUGCAAUACUUGGAGUUGACCAAACGAGAGGUGGAAUACAUCGCCCUGUCAAGGGACACCACUGAGACAGACCUCAAACAGCGACGGGAGAUCCGUGCAGGCACAGCUUUUUACAUUGACCAGUGUGCAGUUCGGGCCGCCACAGAAGGCAGAACUCUGGUUUUGGAAGGCUUGGAAAAGGCAGAGAGGAAUGUCCUGCCAGUGUUGAACAACUUGUUGGAGAACAGGGAGAUGCAGCUUGAGGACGGUCGAUUCCUGAUGGCUGCUGAGCGCUACGACAAGCUUCUCCAAGAUCACACUAAAGAGGAGUUGGAUACUUGGAAGAUUGUCCGGGUUAGUGAAAAUUUUCGAGUGAUUGCCUUGGGCUUGCCAGUGCCCAGGUACUCUGGAAACCCGUUAGAUCCCCCUCUCCGUUCUCGAUUCCAAGCCAGAGAUAUUUAUUUUCUACCCUUCAAGGACCAACUAAAACUACUAUAUUCAGUUGGAGCCAAUGUUUCUGCUGAGAAGGUUUCUCAGCUCUUGUCUUUUGCUACAACUCUCUGUUCCCAAGAAUCUUCUACACUUGGACUUCCAGAUUUUCCCGUAGAUAGUUUACCAGCUGCAGUUCAAAUCCUGGAUUCCUUUCCUAUGAUGUCAGUCCAAAACGCAAUCCAGUGGCUGUAUCCGUACACUGUUUUACUAGGACAUGAAGGGAAGAUGGCUGUGGAAAGUGUUUUGAAACGCUUUGAGCUUCAUGAUUCUGGAAGCUCUCUGCUUCCUAAAGAGAUUGUAAGAGUAGAGAGGAUGACUGACAACCACGUCUUCCAAGCUCAUGUGACAGUCCAAGUGGCAGGAAAAGAGGUGACCAUUAAGGUGCCAGCUGGGACCAGACCAGUAAGCCAGUCCUGUGCGUCUGAUCCUUUCAUACAGACUUUAAGUCAUAAGCAGUUGCUGGCUGACAUGAUACAGUCUCAUAUGGUGAAGGACAUAUGCUUAAUUGGAGGAAAGGGUUGUGGAAAAACGGUCAUCACUAAGAACUUUGCAGAUAUCUUGGGAUAUUCCGUAGAGCCCAUUAUGCUCUAUCAGGAUAUGACAGCACGUGACCUGCUACAGCAGAGGUACACUCUUCCCAGUGGAGACACUGCUUGGCGUGCCUCACCCCUUGUGAAUGCUGCUCUGGAAGGCAAACUCGUCCUGUUGGAUGGCAUCCACCGAGUCAAUGCUGGUACACUUGCUGUAUUACAAAGGUUAAUCCAUGACCGGGAGCUCAGUCUCUAUGAUGGAUCCAGGUUGCUGAGAGAAGACAGGUAUAUGCGUUUAAAAGAGGAGCUACAAAUGUCUGAUGAGCAGCUACAGAAGAGAUCCAUUUUUCCUAUCCACCCCUCCUUCAGAAUCAUCGCUUUGGCAGAGCCCCCUGUUAUUGGAAGUACAACACAGCAGUGGCUGGGACCAGAAUUCUUAACCAUGUUCUUUUUCCAUCACAUGAAACCACUUGUCAAAAGUGAAGAAUUCCAAGUGAUUAAAGAAAUGGUCCCAAAUAUACCUCAGGAAGCUUUGGAGAAAUUGUUAUCAUUUACACACAAACUCAGAGAGACCCAGGAUCCAACAGCACAGUCCUUGGCAUCAUCACUUUCUACCCGUCAGCUGUUGAGAAUCUCUCGCCGGCUAUCACAGUAUCCUAAUGAAAACCUCCAUAAUGCUGUUACUAAAGCCUGCCUUUCCAGGUUCUUACCAAGCCUUGCUAGGUCAGCACUGGAGAAAAAUCUGGCAGAUGCUGCAAUAGAAAUAAAUACUGAUAAUCUGGAACCAGAACCUGAGAAUUACAAAUGUGAAAUAGUAUCUGGAUCUCUGAGGAUUGGCACUGUCAGUGCACCUGUAUACAAUGCCCACGAGAAAAUGAAAGUGCCCGAUGUUCUCUUCUAUGACAAUGUUCAGCACAUGCUAGUGAUGGAAGACAUGCUCAAAGAUUUUGUCCUUGGAGAACACUUACUAUUGGUUGGUAACCAGGGUGUAGGAAAAAACAAGAUUGUGGACAGAUUCCUUCACCUGCUCAACAGACCCCGAGAAUAUAUCCAGUUGCACAGGGAUACCACAGUACAGACUCUGACCCUUCAGCCUUCAGUUAAAGAUGGACUAAUUGUGUAUGAAGACUCGCCUUUGGUUAAAGCAGUAAAGUUGGGUCAUAUUCUAGUAGUAGAUGAGGCUGACAAAGCCCCAACAAAUGUCACCUGUAUUUUGAAAACUCUAGUAGAAAAUGGAGAAAUGAUUCUAGCAGAUGGAAGACGCAUUGUUGCAAAUGCUGCUAAUGUGGCUGGAAGAGAAAAUGUUAUUGUAAUCCAUCCUGAUUUUAGGAUGGUUGUUCUUGCCAACCGACCUGGAUUUCCUUUCUUAGGCAAUGAUUUCUUUGGCACUUUAGGCGACAUUUUUAGCUGCCAUGCCAUUGAUAACCCCAAGCCACAUUCAGAACUUGAGAUGCUCAAACAGUAUGGACCAAAUGUGUCUGAACCUAUCCUUCAGAAGCUUGUGGCAGCCUUCGGAGAGCUGAGGAAUUUGGCUGACCAGGGGGUUAUUAACUAUCCUUAUUCCACCAGAGAAGUGGUCAACAUUGUCAAACAUUUGCAGAAAUUUCCCACCGAAGGUCUCUCCAAUGUGGUUCGGAAUGUGUUUGACUUUGAUUCAUACAACAACGACAUGAGAGAGAUUUUGAUCAAUACUUUACAUAAAUAUGGGAUACCUAUUGGAGCAAAACCCACCAAUGUGCACCUGGCAAAGGAAUUGCCACUGCCGGAGGAGACAUUCAUGGGCUACUGGAUAAUUGGUCAGGCAAGAAAUGGAAAAGAGCAAAAGCUCUUGUGUCCAGCAGAAACCCAUCAAAUAGACACAAAGGGUCCAGUGAUUAUCAACAUAGAAGAGUACCCAAUAGAAAAACUUGAAGCGAGAUUCCUGAACUUUACUGAAGAGUAUGUCUCUUGGAGGUUACCUCUGGAUGAAGUUAAUUUGAUCUGUGACGUUGCUGUAUCACACGAAAACGGGGAAAAUACUCUGUAUGUAGCUGCGUGCAAUCCUAUUUCCUUAUAUUUUAUGAAUAUGAGUGGGAAAAAUGGCUUCUUCGUGGACUUCUUCCACAUCUUCCCAAGAAUAACCAGUGGAUCUUGGCGACCAUUUGUGACAGUGGCACCCCUGGGAAGUCCCCUCAGGGGUCAAGUUGUUCUGCAUGAGGAACAGAAUAAUGUCACCCUCUUGUUAGAUACCAGUGGCCGCACCAUCCAUCGUCUCGUCCUUCCUUUAGAAGAGGUAACAUCUAUGAAGUCUUCCUGGUGGAACAAAGAGGAAGGUGAAACUUAUAAAAUGUGUAAAGAAUUUUCACACAAAAACUGGCUAGUAUUCUACAAAGAAAAAGGGAAUAGCUUGACUGUACUGGAUGUCUUAGAAGGACAGACUCACACCAUCUCACUUCCCAUCAACCUCAGGACAGUUUUCCUUGUAGCUGAAGACAAGUGGCUUCUGGUGGAGAACACAACAAAUCAGAAAUAUCUCUUAACUAAGCCUACACACGUUGACUCUGAAGACCCUGGGACUUGCCAGCUAUAUAUGUUGAAAGAGGAGCUGCCUAGCACAGGAUUUGGAGUUACACAAGAAAUGGAGUUCAGCAUACCUCAUAAAAUCUCAAGUGAUCAACUAUCAUCUGAAAAUCUAAGUGCAGCCGUGGGACAAAAGAUUGCUUCUCCUAACCGUAUUCUCUCAGAUGAAAACAAUUAUGCUACUGUAGUUGUUGGCUUCCCAGAUCUCAUGUCACCCAGUGAAGUUUAUUCUUGGAAGAGAUCAUCACCUCUGGAAAAACCAAGUGCCGCUGAUACAGCCUUUUAUGGAGGGAAGAAGAAAAGGAGACCUCCAAAGCAAAGCAACUGUGUAGCUCUUAUACAUGCUAAUCAGCUAGUCAGGAUUUUGCCUGCAGGAGAAGUCCCACUAAAAGAUAUCUACCCAAAAGAUGUUACCCCCCCACAGACAGCUGGCUACAUAGAGGUUACUGAUCUUCAAGCAAAGAAACUCCGAUACAUCCCUAUUCCCAGUUCAGAAACUCUCUCGCCAUAUACUGCAUGGAUAGCUGAUAUUUCGGACACAGAUGCUCUGGUGGCUGAGUGGGACAAAAGCGGCAUUGUGACAGUUGACAUGGGAGGUCGUGUCCGGCUUUGGGAAACUGGACUUGAACGUCUGCAGCAAUCACUCGUGGAAUGGAGAAACAUGAUUGGGCAAGACAGUGACAAAUAUAUGCAGAUAACAGUUGAAAGAGAGAGUGGUGAAGACGUGAGCACCCCCAAACAUGGCAAGGAGGACCCAGACAACAUGCCCCACGUGGGAGGCAAUACCUGGGCUGGUGGAACAGGGGGACGAGACACUGCAGGUCUUGGAGGAAAAGGGGGUCCUUAUCGGUUAGAUUCUGGUCACCCAGUGUACCAGGUCUCUGAGGUCGAGAAAGAUGCAGUUCCUGAGGAGAUCAAGAGAGCUGCAAGAGAAAUGGCCCAGAAAGCAUUUCAGCAGAGGCUAAAGGAGAUCCAAAUGAGUGAAUAUGACGCUGCAACCUACGAAAGGUUUUCAGGUGCUGUUAGACGACAAGUGCAUUCCCUCCGGGUCAUCCUAGAUAACUUACAGGCUAAAGGUAAAGAAAGACAGUGGCUAAGACACCAAGCUACUGGGGAGCUAGACGAUGCCAAAAUCAUUGAUGGACUGACUGGAGAAAAAGCCAUCUACAAACGUCGGGGUGAUCUGGAACCCCAACCAGGCAGCCCACAACAGAAACCCAAGCGCCUGCGCCUAGUGGUGGAUGUUUCUGGCAGUAUGUAUCGCUUCAAUGGGGUGGAUCGCCGGUUGGAGCGGUCAAUGGAAGCCGUGUGCAUGGUCAUGGAAGCCUUCGAGAACUAUGAGGAGAAGUUCAAGUAUGACAUUGCUGGACACUCUGGAGACGGCUACAACAUUGCCCUUGUUCCAAUGAACAAAGUCCCCAAGGACAAUAAACAGAGACUAGAUAUUCUGAAGACAAUGCAUGCCCACUCUCAGUUCUGCAUGAGUGGGGACCACACGCUCGAGGGGACAGAACAUGCCAUCAAGGACAUUACCAAAGAAGAAGCUGAUGAGUACUUUGUCAUAGUCUUAAGUGAUGCAAAUCUGUCAAGAUAUGGAAUACAUCCUGCCAAGUUUGCCCAAAUUCUUACUAGUGACCCUCAAGUUAAUGCCUUUGCCAUUUUCAUUGGAUCUUUGGGGGAUCAAGCAGCCAAGCUUCAGAGAACUCUACCAGCUGGCCGCUCUUUUAUUGCUAUGGACACCAAGCAGAUCCCUCAGAUCUUACAACAGAUCUUCACCUCCACCAUGUUGUCCAGUGUUUAAGAACCACACUUCACUGGUCAGAAUUUGAAGCAAGAUAGGAACAGAGAAUUCUGAAGAGAAGACAAAGCAGACUAGUGUGUGGCUGCGCUCCUGGCUCUCCCACACUUGUGCGGUCAUCCAAAUUCAGAAGAGCCAGAAGACUCAUGAAUGGAAAUCUACUACCACAGAUGUGUUGGAAGUCCUCAGAGGAAACAAAUUGACCAGGAUCUUUUAAAGGUCAGGGUUAAAGGAAGGAGGAGUUGGAACUACAGGGCUUGGUCUAGUUCCAAACUCAAAAGAAAAAAUACCCCGCUUUUUAAGCCUUACACACCAACUGUUACCUGAGAUAAGAAGAGCUACCAAGCCUUCCAGGCCAUAGUUUGACACCAAGGGACAAGUCUGCAAGCCCUUCAACAUGUUCCUGUCUAUAAUUAUUUCUGUUUGCUUACCAAUCUGCAUUGCCCAGCAAAUAAUCACUUUUUAUAGCAUGUAACCCACCGAAAAGUACUCCAGCAGCAGUAAGAUGCUGGACUUUCUCUAUAAUUCCAUUCUUUUGGCCAAAGCUAAAAGGAAUCGAAAGAUCCUUGGAGUGCUUGCUUUCCCAUGUGACUUUCAAAAGACUCUUCAAAUAAUAAUGAGCCCUACUCUCCUGCUGCCUGAGUUGAAGGAGAACAACACCGUGCCUUCCUGACACUUCUCAAAAGUUCCACAGUGGAGUAUACUCUGGUGACCAAAUUAGAGUGCUAAAAAUAACAAGUGCUUGUAACAAAGAAUGUUUUUUGACAACGUUCAUAUAAAAAUUAUGCAAAGUUGUCCGGGCGUGGUGGUGCAUGCCUCCAAUCUGCAUUCAGGAGGCAGAGGCAGGUGGAUCUCUGUGAGUUCAAGGCCAGCCUGGUCUACAUAGCGAGUUCCAGGACAGCUGGGGCUACAGGGAGACCCUGUCUAAAAAAAAAAAAAAAAAAAAAAAAAAAAAUCAAAGGUUUUAACAGAAGUCAGGCUCUGUCCAACUAUCUAAUUAAGAUGCUCCUUUUCAGAGUUGAUGAUGGAGGCAUCAUUAUGUGUGUGCUUACUAUAAACUGGAAAAACUAAUCUUGUUGAUAAUGUUACCUUUCCCAUGUACACUGUAAUCAUACAGGGCCCUAAUUUCAUUUUAUUUAAUUAUAGGACAAAAGAAAACACCCAUUUGUUCUAUUAUCACCCCAUCUCCUGCUAUCAAUUGUCAAAGAAAUAAAAGCAGUCAGACUCCCAAGA